CGGGGCUGACCGGCCCCGAUGAGGCGGAAGGAGAAACGGCUCCUGCAGGCGGUGGCGCUGGUGCUGGCGGCCCUGGUCCUGCUGCCCAACGUGGGGCUCUGGGAGCUGUACCGCGAGCGGCAGCCCGACGGCACCCCUGGGGGACCCGGGGCGGCGGCAGCGCCGGCGGCGGGACAGGGCUCACAUACUCGGCAAAAGCAGAUCUUUUUCCUGGGAGAUGGACAGAAGCUGAAAGACUGGCAUGACAAGGAGGCCAUCAGGAGGGAUGCUCAGCGCGUAGGAAAUGGAGAACAAGGGAGACCUUACCCCAUGACUGACGCCGAGAGAGUGGACCAGGCAUACCGAGAAAAUGGAUUUAACAUCUACGUCAGUGAUAAAAUCUCCCUGAAUCGCUCUCUGCCUGAUAUCCGGCACCCCAACUGCAACAGCAAACGCUACCUGGAGACCCUGCCCAACACCAGCAUCAUCAUCCCCUUCCACAACGAGGGCUGGUCGUCCCUCCUGCGCACCGUACACAGCGUGCUCAACCGCUCGCCACCGGAGCUGGUCGCCGAGAUUGUGCUGGUCGAUGACUUCAGCGACCGAGAGCACCUGAAGAAGCCACUUGAAGACUACAUGGCCCUUUUCCCUAGCGUGAGGAUUCUCCGGACCAAGAAACGAGAGGGGCUGAUAAGGACCCGGAUGCUGGGGGCCUCAGUGGCAAUUGGAGAUGUCAUCACAUUCUUGGACUCACACUGUGAGGCUAACGUCAACUGGCUGCCCCCCUUGCUUGACCGCAUCGCUCGGAACCGCAAGACCAUUGUGUGCCCGAUGAUCGACGUGAUUGACCACGAUGACUUUCGAUAUGAGACGCAGGCUGGGGAUGCCAUGCGGGGCGCCUUUGACUGGGAAAUGUACUACAAGCGCAUCCCGAUCCCUCCAGAACUGCAAAAGGCUGACCCCAGCGACCCAUUUGAGUCUCCCGUGAUGGCCGGUGGACUGUUCGCCGUGGACCGGAAGUGGUUCUGGGAGCUGGGUGGAUAUGACCCAGGCUUGGAGAUCUGGGGAGGGGAGCAGUAUGAAAUCUCCUUCAAGGUGUGGAUGUGUGGAGGCCGCAUGGAGGACAUCCCCUGCUCCAGGGUGGGCCAUAUCUACAGGAAGUAUGUGCCCUACAAGGUCCCCGCUGGAGUCAGCCUGGCCCGGAACCUUAAGCGAGUGGCGGAAGUGUGGAUGGACGAAUAUGCCGAGUACAUCUACCAGCGCCGGCCUGAGUACCGCCACCUCUCUGCGGGCGACGUGGCCGCGCAGAAAAAGCUCCGCAGCUCCCUCAACUGCAAGAGUUUCAAGUGGUUUAUGACCAAGAUCGCCUGGGACCUGCCCAAAUUCUACCCGCCUGUGGAGCCCCCUGCCGCAGCCUGGGGGGAGAUUCGCAAUGUGGGCACCGGGAUGUGUGCAGACACCAAGCACUGGGCCCUGGGCUCACCUCUGAGGCUGGAGAGCUGCGUCCGGGACCGCGGAGAGGCCGCGUGGAACAGCAUGCAGGUGUUCACCUUCACUUGGCGAGAGGACAUCCGGCCUGGAGACCCCCAGCACACCAAGAAGUUCUGCUUUGACGCCAUCUCCCACACCAGCCCUGUCACCCUCUACGACUGCCACAGCAUGAAGGGCAACCAGCUGUGGAAGUACCGCACAGACAAGACCCUGUACCACCCUGUCAGCGGCAGCUGCAUGGACUGCAGCGAAAGUGACCACAGGAUCUUCAUGAACACGUGCAACCCUGCCUCACUUACCCAGCAGUGGCUAUUUGAACACACCAACUCCACGGUCUUGGAAAAAUUCAAUAGAAACUGAGCCCUCACAUCCCCUUGGCAGGCCCAGCAGGGUCCCCUCGCUGCACCUGCCUCUCCUGAGGCAGGCAGAACCUCCGUGGGUACCAUGGUGUAUCAGGUGCUGGCCAAACGAUUCAAGGCAAAGAGGGCUUUGGAAGCUGGAGCAAGGGGUCUGCUUGGUCCCUGAGCCCCUCAGUCGUGAGGGCAGGGUGGGGGGCAGCCUCCACAAGAGGCCCCACAGGAAAGCCUGCUUUAAUCCCUGCUGGUACCAUGGAAAAGCAGGAGGGCCUGUUUGACUUUGUAACCAUGUCCCCUGGAGCACUGUGCACAACAAUGCCAGGCAGCCUGAGGCCACCCAGAAAUAAGGCCUACAGGGUUGCCCAGGCCUCGAGCAGCUCUCGUACAUGACGGUGCUUUAGAAAGGCGACAUCUGCCUGUUUGGGGCAGCUUUUAGCACCAAUGUCACCCUUUUGCAGCAAAAGGGAAAGAAGUCCUCCUUGGGGUCCCUCAGUUUCUGCCUGUCUUACAGGGACAGCAGUUACUGAUCAGCAUCUGUUCUUUGUCUCAGCUCCAGGGGAUUGGCUCAAAGGCCAAAUCCAGGGCCCUCAGAAUGCUCCAUGCUGAAUGCCGGCCAGCUACCAGGCAUGGGGUCAGACAAGGGACCCCAGAAACUCCUUUGCAGCCAUGGACAUACAAGAGGUUCUCCCUCUGCUCUCUGAGUGCCGGAAGUGCUCUUUGUGGUACUUCCCAGGCACAAGGACAGCCGAGCCACCAGCUUUCCGGGGCUGUGAUUCAGAUGGCCGUGGGCCCAUGGGAAAGGACGAGCAGGAGACCUGCCCAGAAAUGCCGGCUGAGGUUCCCCGGUCCCUGCUUCCGCUGCCCUCUCUCCAUGCUGGGCAGCCUCAAGAGAGGAAGGGAGGUGCUUUACCUCACAGAAUCUGGAAGCCUCCAGGAUCAGCUGUGGGCCAGAUGCCUAGCCUCUCACCUCGUCGUGGUUCUGGUUCUCCUAUAGAACUCCUGAGUUUUUAAAGGACUCUGGAGUUCAUUCGCAAACUAGUUGCUACGUAGGCUUCUGGUGUUGUAGCCUCCAGUGUGGAUUUCCAGAAUGCUAUUACAAAAGCAACCAGACAGGUAUAAUACAGUCAAGGUAACCCCCUUGUGAAAUCCAAGGUUGGUGCCGAGGGAGGAAGCACGAGGACCUGUGUCCAUCAGCUCCCUCCAGAAGCUUCCAUACAGCAAGGUCCUCAGGCAACACCUGAAGACCUGGAACUUCCCACCAUCGUCACAGCUGCAGUGUCCUAUGACCCUAUCUGUGCCCAGCUCCCUGCCCUUCACAUUGACCUUUUGCUGUAUUAAUUACAUAUCAGACUCCCAAGGGGUUCCCAAACUAAUAGGAAGCAUUUCUGUAACCAACCUGCCACACCCUGAUUCAGAAAUGGAAAUCACAUUCCACAACCUAUGGCUUCUGCCGGUUAGCCCAGAAAGUACUUGAAAUCACUAUUCCAGUUAGAGCCGGAUCUCUUGAUUGCAUCAUUUACCAAUUAAAUAAUACAAAUCCGGGAACAGAGCCACGAACCUGCCUUUGAGAUGCUGGCAAAUCUCGAGGCCAACCAUAAUCGGGGAGAGAGGGGUGGUAAUACACCACCAAAUUGAACGUUAGGCUGGCAAAGGAUGGUUUCCACUUCUGCCCCCAGCACAGCCCUGCUCUGGACAGCUGUGUCCAGGAGAGGAGGCCGUGUGCUCAUGAGGCUUGCCGGCCGGUUCCUCAUGCCCUUUCCCAAGUGAGUGCCCUGUCUUUACAAGCGGCCCUCUACAGAAAGGGGUCAAAAGACGAGGCUGCUUCUGAAAUCUAGGGUAGCAAGAGUGUUGCACUUCGGGGAGAUGAAUUAAGAGUCAUCAUCCGAGAGCAACGCAGCAUCAUUUGAAUAAAAACUGUGCCUUUUAAAAAAGAAAAAAAAUGCAAAUGUACAGCAAAUCCCUAAACUUGAACCAUUUCUUAGUGCCUUGCUAGAAGACAUAAAGGGGCAGGGGUCGGGGAGGGAAGCAUUUUUGGUGGUGUGUGCAGUUCCUGUUGGAUGAAUGUGUUUCUUAACGUCUGAUUUCAAGCAGGAGAUGGUGGCCUGGAGCAAGAGCUGAGGCUGAGACGCCCGCACCGGGUCCGAGUUGUUCCAUCGGCGCAAGUAGCACUCCCAGUUAAAGGGCCGCUGGACAACUCGUUCCUGCUGGGAGGGCCUUGGUGGUCCCUGAGCACAGGCCCUGCAUUACCUCACUGGGCCCUGUUUGGGGGCCGUAGUUGCCAUACCCUACCCCAACCCCUAGACAGAGGGAUUGGUUUGUCCCUCUGCAUUGGGAUUCAGGAGUGCAGAGCACUGGCUAGAUUCCCCAGUGGUCCCCUUCAUGGGUGGAAGGGCUCUGGCAAGACCAGGGUUCCUGUGGGAUGCAGCCUCCCUUUUUCCUCUCCUUCAGUUCCCCCUUCCCAGGCUGACCUCACAUCCUCAAUGGGGAUGGGUGGGUCCUCUGAGCACCCUGGCAUUUGUCAUGGCUGAGCCCACCACAGUGGGUCCUGGGAGCUGACUAUGUAAUGUGGAAAGGAAAGACAGAAUUUUCUCAGUUCAGUGACAGUGACCAACUAAUUUCCAGUGCUAACCCACUCGUUGUUUAGGAUUCAUUUUUGAAAACCGUUUGUGUUGAGGGUUCAGGUGUCUGCUCACAUCCCCAGCUGAGGCUCAGCAAAACUCAGCCAGGAGCCUGUGGAGACAUUGUCAGCCAAUUCAUGGCUGGGAAAGUGGGCCUUGUAUCCUCAUCUGAGGACCAGCUCACAAGCGAGGGGAUGGCAACAAAGUGCCCUGGCCGUGUGGCCUACCAGCUGUCCUGCCAAAGGAAGACUUCAGAAACAUUUCAGAAUGCAAACAGCACCUUGGCUGUAAGUACAAGGCCUUCGGUGGCGGCUGAAUCUGUAGGCCCACGUGUGAAAGCCAUUCCAUCACAUGCCCCUCCCUGGAUCGUUCACCUCUGAAAACAUCCUAGGAACUUCCCUUUAGGAAGAAAUCACCCAGAACCAUAUAGGGUGCAGAGGAAGAGUGUAGGGCUGUGACAUUAGGGCCAGGGAGAAAAGAGCAGUUUGGGUUGAAGAUGUAGCAUGUGGAUAUCCAAGUCCACAUUCCCAUGCCCAUUUCGAACUUCCUAAUGGUCGAAUUCCUUUUUCUCCUUAAAAAUUAAGUGACAUCCUCAAAAAUGGCUCCACACAUUUCUUUUGUGCAUCUCAUCUUCCUAGUCUCUGGAGUCUGAAAAAAGCGGCCGAGCCCUUUCCAGUAGUAACUGAGAAGUCCAGAUUCCUUGCUUCAGCGACACCUCGUUUGUACGGAUUGGGUGAUCUUUUCUACUUCCUAGGAGGCAAUGCAUUUUUAAUGUUUUCUGAAUAUAAGUGUGGGAAAAAGGGCAAGAAGUGCAAUUCUGUUCUGGAAUUCUUUUCUGCUUUUGAAUGAUGGUCUAAAAAAUAUUUUAGCUCAAGCUUGAUCUUGAGCCAAGGCUCUCAGCCACCUCUGGGGUGAGAGUUGGGCCUGCAUACUAAGUGACAAGGUCAUCCUAACAUCCCCUUCCUAAAUGGCUUUCAUUCGUUUGUGCCUGACAACAGGGCUGGGCCCUGCUCUGUUACUGGCUUGGAGAGUGGGUUCCCCAAGGGGUUGCAGGCAGAAUAUGUGGGCUUCCAUAGAGAAGUCAGACUGAGACCCUGUAGAGAAAGUGCAAGACCACCAACCUCUCUCCUCCUGCCUGGAAAAGUGAGCCUUUGUGAAGAAUUGACGUACCAUGUACAGUUGUGACUGUGACUGUUGUUGAGUAAACCUCCAGACUUUCUCUAAAGUGCUCUCUGCCUUAUUCCUUGUGUGUGGUGUUCUCCAGUCUGUCAUCCCUCCCCUCUUCACUGAGUACCUAGUCAAUAUCCAGGCACUCAUCUGGGUACUGAACAAAUUCCCAACAGCCAUUGCUCCAGAGGGAGAGAGACAGGCCUUAGCUACCCACUGUGAUGAUUUCAGAGGCCAGUGGGGUCUUGAGGGAUAGAAAAUGAUAUUUGAGGGCCGGGGGUGGGCACCAACGUUAGUGAGAAUGGCCAGGGCAUGCCUCUUUAUGAGAGAGAAGAGACGUGAGGGCUGAACCAAUAGGCCGUUUGAGGGACGAGACUUCCAGGCAGAGGGGACAGCUGAUGCAAAGGCUCUGAGGUGGGAAGAAACUCCUACCUCGGUGCGUUGGAGCAGGAGGGAAGUGAGAGAGUUAGGUGAGGCAGCCCACAAGGGUCUUCCAGACUGCACCCAGGAGUGGAGGACUUUAGGCAGGCAGUGACAACAUGAAACAAACUUAGCUCCCUCUGAUGCUCACAUGUUAGCCACAGUACUUGCUUACGGGAACAUUUUGAUAAUGUUGGCUACUAGCUUUGUCUAACACUAUGUGUAGAAAGACCCCCUGGCAAGUCCAGCUCUGCAGAAAAAUUCACUGAGACAUGGUGCUAACCCUGGUCCACCUAGGCCUGUUAGGUCAUUUCCAGCUCCACUUGUAAUUCUGCAGUUAAGUCUUGGUGGCCGCUGUGAGUGACCGUGAGCAUGACGCCAAUGCUAUCUCUUGGGGCCCACCAGGGGGCACUGUGGAUCCUGGAUUGGAGAAGGGUGAAUUGGAGAAAAGGAGAAAUCCUGCCCAUGCCACAGGUUUGAGCCUCAGAACAAUUUCUUUCAGGUUCACGAUGCCUCUGACUACUAUUCCAAACUCUUAAUUUCAUAUAUUAAAAAAGUGAAGCCCUGGGAAGCCCCUGACCCAAAAUGAUUUAGUGGUGAGUGCCACAGCCCAUGUUCCCAGUGUCCCUGCUCCCAUGUUAUCCUCGUACAAUCUCAUAGCCUUGUAGACAUGGGGAAGGAUUCCGUUUCUAAAGCUCUUUGUACUUCUGUGAAAUAGAUUUAGCCCAAAAAUAUUAGCUAUAUUUGUUGCAUAAAAAUGUAUCAGAAACGCCUACUGUAUGCUAGAAAUGAAAAUAUGGUGCAAGGAUGAGCCAGGACAGACAUGUGCGCCGCCCUCCUGGCUUGGGCCUAGAGAAAGACCUUCAUCAGAUGAUCAUGAAGAUGAGGGUAUGGUUAAGAAUGUGGUAAAUUCUAUGAAGGACAAGUGUGUGGGGGACUGUGUCAUGAAACUUGGUCUUUGGAGCAUGCUGAAUCAGCCAUGGUCUUGGCAUGAAAUAGCCACUCCCAGGCUUACAGUGAAAGUAUAAUAAAAGGACCAUUUAAGGAGCGUGGGCAGAGUUAAACAAAUAACCAGCCAUGCUGAAAGGCCUAGCGUAAAGGGUCACCACCGCUAAGCCUGCAGAGGCAAGAAGCAGCAGUGUCAGUGGAAUCCAGAAAAGGCUGCAUGUAGCUAGGGAGAAGUGCUUCCGGAGCUACAGCUGAAACAGGGAGGGGCUGGGAGGAACACAAACUCUGCCCUCUCUUUUUUAUCUGCCUUGUGCUCACCUGACACUACCUCCCAUUGGCUCAUCUCAGUUAUUCAAAUCCUCAUGAACAAAUGAAGAGCACUAGUCUGGGACUGGCGCUGUGAUGUGGUGGGUGCACCAGCAUCCGGCAUCCCCUGUGGGCCCCGGUUUGACUCCCAGCUGCUCUUCUUCGGGUCCAGCUCUCUGCUAUCACCUGGGGUGGAGUGAGGUGGAGGAUGGCUGAAGUGCUUGGGCCCCUGCACCCACAUGGGAGACUCGGAGGAGGCUCCUGACUUCAGAUCGGCCCAUUUCCUUCCUUUGCAGCCAUUUGGGGAGUGAACCAGCAUGGAAGACCUUUCUCUGUCUCUCCCUCUCUGUGUCUGUAGCUCUACCUCUCAAAUAAAUAAAUAAAAUCUUUAAAAAAAAAAACAAAAAACGCUGGUCAGUAUAAAUACGUAGGUAAGUACUCAUAAAGAAGACAGUAUAAGUGGGGAUUUGUAACUUUUCCCUCCUGUCUGACUUAAAACCACAUAAAUCAGUAAGUAUAAGUAUGUUGGUGCACGUGCAAUGUAUAAGGAAAGAUGUGAUUCUUAGGACAAUACAGGCCAAAGGAGGGGAGGGGCAGAACUAAGAAGGGGCAAAGUUGCUGUAUACUACUGAAAUGGAGUUGGUAGUAAGCCAAACCACAUGUGUUUAAAUAAGAUGUAAAUUGCGUAAGUGGACAUUUUUCAUGGCAGUUAAGAUGCUACUUGGGAUGCCUGCAUCCCAUAUUGGAGUGCCUGGGUUUAAGUCCUGGCCCUGCUUGUCAUGCCAACUUCCUGCUAAUGUGCACCCUGGGAGGCCUCUGCCACCCUUGUGGGAGACCCCAGUGCAGUUCUGGACUCCUGGCUUUGGCCUGUCCUGGCCCUGGCCAUUGCAGCCAUUUGAGGAGUAAACCAGCAGAUGGAAGACCUCUCUCUCUCUCUCUCUCUCUCUGAAACUCUGCCUUUCAAAUAAAUAAAUAAUUCUUUAAUAAAAAAAAAGUUUUCCUAAAAUAUGGGCAAAGAUUUGAACUUUUUUAUUUUUUUAAAGAUUUAUUUUAUUUAUUUGAAAGAGUUACAGAGAGAGGUAGAGAGAGAGAGGUCUUCCAUCCACUGGUUCACUCCCCAAAUGGCCGCAACAGCUGGAGCUGAGCUGAUCUGAAGCCAGGAGCUUCUUCUGGGUCUCCCACGUGGGUGCAGGGGCCCAAGAACUUGGGCCAUCCUCUGCUGCUUUCCCAGGUGCAUUAGCAGGGAGCUGAAUUGAAAGUAGAGCAGCGGAACUUGAACCGGUGCCCAUAUGGGAUGUUGAUGCUGCAGGCCAGGAUUUUAACCCACUGCACCACAGCGCCAGCCCCAAACAUUAUUUAAAGAAAAUAUAUAAAUAAUAUAAAUAGCCAUGGAACAUAAAUAGCACAUAAAAAGAUAUCAGCAUCAUUAGUCGUUAGGGAAGUGUAAGCUUGAACAUACAAAUAAAUGGCAUUCAUCCAUUUAAUGGAAUAUUGUUCAGCCUUAGAAGGGAAUAAAUUACUGAUAUAUGCUACAGCAUGAAUGAACCUUGAAAAUAUACUAAGUGAAAACAGCCAGACACAAAAGGCCUCAAAUGUGAAAUGUCCAAAAUAGGCAAAUCCAUAGAGACAAAGGAGAUUGGUGGUCAUCAGGGGCAAAGAAGAGGGAAUGGUAAGUUGCUGCUACUAUGAAUGGGGUUUCUUUUGGGGGUGAUGAAAAUGUUCUGGAAUUAGGAGGUGCUGGUGGCUAUACAGUCUGUGAACAUACUACAAACCCCUGAGUUGUACACUUUAAAGAAGUUUUAUGGUAUGCGAGUUUUUACACAGUUAACACUCAGAGCUGAAGAAGGCGUCUGGGGUGAGAUGGUAAAGACAGACUGUUGGCCCUGUCAGUAUAGGUAGAAUGCAUCUGUGCUCAGCACUAGCUCACUUACUGAUUGUAUCUAUCUGUGUGUGUGUCUAUGUGUGUGUGUAUUCUUUUCUAAGUCCUAGUUCUUUCAUUGUUUCGUUCUAUGUAAACGUUAAAGCUUUGGCCUUUAGUUGCAUUUUAUUUUGCACAUAAAUUUUAUGUGGCCACAUGUACCACUAUUUUCUUUUGUAAUUUCCUUUGUUGUUUUUGUUUGUUUAAUAAGUCUUUUUGGACAGGCCUUGUGGCUCAGAGGUUACGCUGCGCUUGGGACGCCCGCAUCCCGUAUCAGUGUGCCUGGGUUCAAGUGCCAGCUUCUUCCUUGCUGAUUUAGCUUCCUCCUAAUGCACAUGCUGGGAGGCAACAGAUGAUGGCUCAAGUAUUUGGGUCCCUGACACCCAUGUAAGAAACCUACAUGGAGUUCUGUCUCCUGGCUUUAGCCUGGCCCAGCUCUGGCUGUUUGUGGGCAUCUGGGGACUAUCUCUGG